AAAAAAGACAAAAUGGACGGUAACGGUUUCGGAGACCUCCCGAAGAAACCCUCGCCCUCAGAGACGAGAGCCGUUGGUGGUGUUUGCAUGAGAUAAUUAGCCACCAAACCAGGCCAAGCAAGGACUGAAAUAAGCCCCCCACCACAUCUUCCCCACCUUCCACACGCCGAUACCGAUUGACAUGCGCCAUCACGAGGGACGAUACCACUACGAGCCCCACGCGCUCCACGCCAUGCACGGCCCUGCAGGUUUGGCCGGCAGCCCCGUCAUCUCCGAUAUCUCCCUGAUCCGCCUUUCGCCCGCCGCCGUGGCGACCGGCGACUCUCCGUUCAGCCCUCCGCACCCGUACGUCAACCCUCACAUGGAGCACUACCUGCGCUCUGUGCACAGCAGCCCCACCCUGUCCAUGAUCUCAGCGGCCAGAGGACUCAGCCCCGCCGACUUGGCCCACGAGCAUUUGAAAGAUCGCGGACUGUUCGGGCUUCCUCCUCCUCCUCCCGGGGCGAGUCCGGCAGAGUAUUACCACCUGAUGGCCAGCCACCGGAGCCCCUACAGCGAGCUGCUCAUGCAGGGGGCCGGGGCCACCGCUGGGGCCCACCUGUCCGACUACAUCACCCCCAUCGACGUGUCGCGGUUCUCCAGCCCCAGACUGACGCCCAGGCUGAGCAGGAAGAGGGCGUUGUCCAUCUCGCCGCUGUCCGACGCCAGCAUCGACCUCCAGACGAUGAUCCGCACCUCGCCCAACUCGCUGGUGGCCUACAUCAACAACUCUCGCUCCAGCUCGGCCGCCAGCAGCUCCUACGGACACCUGUCGGUCGGAGGGCUCAGCCCGUCCUUCCCCUUCCCCCAUCCCAUCAACCCGAUGGCCUACCAGCAGCUGCUGUCGCAGCAGCGAGGCCUCAGCGCCUUCGGCCACACUCCGCCUCUCAUCCAGCCUCCGCCCACCUUCUCCAGCCGCCAGCCGGGCCUCGGCCUCUCCUCGCUGCCCGCCUCCGCCCACAACAGCGACCUGACGUCCAAGAACCCCGGCGGCGACUCGGCCAUCAGCAGCAUAGUCGACCCCAUGAUCACCAAAAGGUCAAAGGUCAAGACUGAAACGGAGGGACUGAGGCCAAUGUCUCCCUGUUCACCGAACCAUCACGGCAGCUUGUUGGAUCUGAAGGACGACAUGGACCGGGACGAAUGCAAGCAAGAGCCCGAGGCCGUUUACGAGACCAACUGCCACUGGGAGGGCUGCAGCAAGGAGUACGACACGCAAGACCAGCUCGUCCAUCACAUCAAUAAUGACCACAUCCACGGAGAGAAGAAGGAGUUUGUGUGCCGCUGGGAGGACUGUUCGCGGGAGCAGAAGCCCUUCAAAGCUCAGUACAUGCUGGUGGUUCACAUGCGCCGACACACAGGGGAGAAACCACACAAGUGCACGUUUGAGGGCUGCUCUAAAGCGUACUCCCGUCUGGAGAAUCUCAAGACUCAUCUGCGCUCGCACACCGGCGAGAAACCGUACGUCUGCGAGCACGAAGGGUGCAACAAAGCCUUUUCAAACGCCUCGGACCGAGCCAAACACCAGAACCGGACACACUCCAACGAGAAACCGUACAUAUGUAAGAUCCCUGGCUGUACCAAACGCUACACAGAUCCCAGCUCUCUCAGGAAGCACGUGAAGACGGUCCACGGCCCGGAGGCCCACGUCACCAAGAAGCAGCGCAACGACCUGCCGCCCAGGCCGCCGGCGCCCAGGGAGAACGGCGAGAACGAGACGGGCAGCAGAGAGAGAAUCCAGAGGGAGGACAAGAUAUCAGACAGCAGCUCCCCCAGAGGCGUGGAGGACUACCUGCACGUCAAAUCCAUCAAGACGGAAAACUCUGUGAUGUAUCAGUCCAGCCCUGGCGGUCAGUCAUCAUGUAGCAGCGAACCAUCACCACUUGGCAGUGCCACCAACAAUGACAGUGGAGUAGAAAUGGCGGCGCACAGCGGGGGAAGCCUGGGGGACCUCAGCACCCUGGACGACCUGCCCUUCGUGGAGUCCUUUGGCUUCGAAGAUUCCCGCGGUGGGGUCGCGGCAGUGGGUCUCCACUUCCGGAAGCAGCUAAGCACCUGCCAGCGCCUGGAGCAUCUGAAGAAGGAGAAGCUGAAGACAGUGAGGGACUCGUGUCGGUGGGCCACAAACCCAACACCCCUGGCCCUCGGCACCAAGCUGCCACCCAUACCAGCAAGCGGGUCCCUCCUGGAGAGUCCGAGUAUGGGUGGUGGUCCUGUGUCCUUCCCUGGUUCCGGCUUUGGUGAUCUGAGCUCCGGUAAGACAACUCUGCUGGGAAGUCUUUCAGAGCGCCGUGACAGCACCUCCAGCACCCUGAGCUCAGUUUACACCCUCAGCCGCCGCUCCUCGGGCAUCUCCCCCUGCUCCUCAAGCCGGCGCUCCAGUCAGGCCUCACAGUUCGGUGCUAACCGCCCGAGCAAUGUCAGCUCUGCCGACUCCUACGACCCCAUCUCUGCCGACAUCUCACGGCGCUCCAGUCAGGCCAGUCAGUGUGGGGGAAGCAGCGGAGGAGCAGGAGGGUACGGAGGACGAAGCCUAACUAGCCCCCUCAGCCUGACCCCUGCCCAGCACUACCGCCUCAAAGCAAAAUAUGCUGCCGCCACUGGGGGCGCACCACCUACGCCUCUCCCAUACAUGGACAGGAUGAGUCUGAAGACUCACCCAACGUUAUAUGGGGACCUCCAGGAAUCCUCCACCACCACCAACGGGCUGUCCUCCAGGCAGUACAGCAGCUACACCACACGGAGCUUGAUGCCCCAUGAGGUCCCGUCAAACAUCCCCCGCCGAGCGAGUGACCCUGUGAGACGGGUGGCCAUAGAUUCUCUCAGCCAGCCACAGAUGCAACGCUACAGCAGCAUGGGAAGACUGAGCGGAGGGAUGCAGCCCCAUCCACCUCCUGCAGCAGAUCGGCAACAUUUAUCUCAGCAAACCUGCCUGAGAUCGGAUGGUAGUCUCCUCCGCUACCCUUACAGCCUGCAACCGCCCAGCAUAUCAGAGAACGUCACCAUGGAGACAAUGACAAAUGACAUCCCAGAGGAAGACCUAAUGCUGCCUGGUGACAUGGUGCAGCACCUCAAAACUGAGAACGGAGACACAGCAAACAGAGUGUUGACUCAUCAAGAUUUCCAAGGAAACCCUCUCCAGCAGCAGUCAUACUAUCAGAGAAGGAUGGCCAUCGUGGAUACCAACAUGAACCCGCCCACUCUUUUAGACACAUCUGGCAUGAGUCCAGGGCAGCAAAGGCAGAUGUGUCCAUCUUCACCGAGGGGCAGUAAGGCCAACUUAUCUGUUCCGUGGAACAAAGACUCUUUGGGACUCGUGGAUGUUGCUCAGCACCACUCCAAACUGCAGGCCAGAGGAAACCUGGCUGUCCUCCAGCAGAACCAGAACUUUGGAUCUUUUCACAACAAUCUCAGCUCCAACCAGCAGAUGAUUCAAAACCUUGCAAAUACACAGCAGAGAUGCAAACAGCCGAACACUGAACCAGGAGCAAACUGCUUCCAGCAGCAGAGAUUCCAGCAGUCGUCGAAUCUCAAUGAAGCAAUUAGCUCUCAGUACAGGUUCAAGGAAGGCAUCAGUCCUUAUGAUAAAAACGGUAACACCACUUAUCCACCUUGUAACAACACAGCAGCAGUCAAUGGGGACAUGUUAAGCUGCAAACAGGAGCCAGUUGACAUGCACUUUGCUGAUGCUGGAUUUCAGCCUGUGCAAAUCAAAAUUGAGGACUGUGAAGGAUCAAUCCUGAUUUCAGAUCAGCAGAACUGUAAAAUGCCCUCCCAGAAUCCUUUGCAAACUGGGAGUCAGAGUCAUCUCCAGCCAAGGCCUCCAAUAGAACCUAAAUCUUUAAACAGGCACCUUUCAAGGCCAAAGAUUGCACCGCAAACAAGGCAUCCAAGUUAUGCUAACCCAGAUGCUACUCCCAACUUAUCCAAUAGUGGAGUUAUCGGACUUCAUUGCGGCAACAACUCUGAUGACAAUGCCCUGUACUACACAGGGCAGAUUCAAGUAUUUGAGUCCAAUGGGAACUUGGACCAUCAUGUGGUGGAUGUACCUACUUUUGAAAAUGAUGGAGCAUCUCCCAGUUCAGGCGCCAGCCAAGCACCCAGGACUGUAGACUCUAAUGCAGUGCUGGAGCAGGCGCAGAUAGACUUUGACAGCAUGCUGGACGACGGGGAUCACUCCAGCCUCAUGUCGGGGACCCUGAGUCCAGGUCUGCUCCAGAGCUUGUCAAGGAGUUCCUCCCGCCUGACGACACCGAGGAACUCGGUCACAUUGCCCUCGGUGCCGGCGGGUACGGGGAACAUGGCGAUCGGGGACAUGAGCUCCUUGCUGUCUGCUCUGGCAGAAGAGAGCAAGUUCCUCAACUUGAUGUCUUAGCCACAUGUUACAGCAAACUGUUUCCUCUGACCGGAACAUAUUUGCAGAAGUUUUGAACUCCUGAUGGGCAAUAAACAUUCAACCACAGA